GCGGAUGCUUCACAUUUAUACAUCCGGUUAAAUAUCUGUCUCGUUGUUCUAUCUGUGUCGGAAUAUCUUCUUGACAUGCCCGUGGAAGACUGGAGCCCAAAUCCUAUGAACUCAAAUCAGGUAGAGCCACCUAGCGGCGAGUCUGUGCAGACGGGGACAAGCACAGUUGCAGUAGCUGCAUCGCGCAAUUAAUCAAGUUGAUAUCAGUCCGUUCUGAGAAGUAAACUAUUGGAAGAGGCCUGCAAACGAUUCUCAGGUGACUUGGACGAAAGUGCCAUGGCGUCAGUGCGUGUGGCUGUCCGUGUAAGACCCUUGAUCAAGAGAGAAAAGGAAGUGUCUGCGAAGGUCAUUAUCCACAUGGAGGGGAGCACCACUUCUAUAGAUUGCAACAAAAAGCACCUUUACAAAGGCACCCCUGGCACUGGGCUGAAGGACAGAGGCAGACAGUCAUUCUCCUAUGAUUUCUCCUACGAUUCUACGGAUGUCGGAAGCCCCAACUUUGUGCCUCAGGAGAAGGUGUUUAAAGACUUGGGCUGUGAUGUCCUGGAGGCAGCGUUUGAUGGUUAUAACGCCUGUGUUUUCGCCUAUGGACAAACGGGAUCAGGGAAGUCUCAUACCAUGAUGGGAAUCCCAGGAGAUUUUGGUCUGAUUCCACGGAUCUGUGAAGGCCUGUUCUGUCAGAUAUCAGAGAAGAGCCAGGGGGAUGGGGCCUCCUUCCGCACAGAGGUCAGUUACCUGGAGAUCUAUAACGAGCGUGUGCAGGAUCUUCUCACGACUAAGAGCAGCCCAGAGAACGGGUCAGGACUCAAGGUCAGAGAACACCCCAAGGAUGGGCCGUAUGUGGAGGACCUGUCGAAGCACCUGGUUCAGAACUACAGGGAUAUAGAGAAGCUAUUGCAUGCUGGGAAAGCCAAACGCACCACGUCGAGCACGGGCAUGAACGAUGUUAGCAGCCGCUCGCAUGCCAUCUUCACCAUCAACUUCACACAGGCUCGUUUUGAUGCAGAGCUGCCAUGUGAGAUGGUGAGUAAGAUCCACCUGGUAGAUUUGGCGGGCAGUGAGAGGGCUGACGCCACAUGCGCCACCGGUGCCAGGCUGAAGGAAGGAGCCAACAUCAACAAGUCCCUGGUCACACUGGGCAUUGUCAUCUCUGCUCUUGGAGGAGAUAGAGGGGGCUCCCACAAGGGAAAAAGGAAGAAGCAGCUCUUCAUCCCCUACAGAGAUUCUGUUCUGACCUGGCUCCUGAAAGACAGCCUGGGAGGAAACUCCAAGACCAUCAUGAUAGCAACUCUUUCACCCGCUGACGUGAACUACAGUGAGACACUGAGCACGCUGCACUAUGCUAACAGAGCUAAGAACAUCUUCAACAAGCCCACAGUCAACGAGGACAGCAGUGUUACAGUCAUCAGAAAACUGCAGGAGGAGAUUGUCAGACUGAAACGUCUAGUGGAGAAGAACAACCAGGCUUGCCUUUCUCCUCAGGAUCUCUCCAAGACACUGAAGGUGGAGGAGAAACUUCACAAGAAUGAGGUCAAAGUGUUAGAACUGACCAGGGAGUGGACCAACAAGUGGGGGGAGACCCAGAACAUUCUCAAGGAGGAGACUGUAGCUCUGAGGAAGCAGGGUAUAGGUGUGGUCAUGGACUCCAAACUACCUCACUUAAUCGGCAUCGAUGAUGAUCUUCUCAGCACUGGCAUCAUUCUCUAUCAUUUAAAAGAGGGCAGGACGCUGGUGGGUCGAGACGAGGCUUCAUCCAAUCCGGAUAUUGUGCUCCAUGGUGCUGGUCUCCUGGAGGAACACUGUGUGUUUGAGAACCGUGAUGGAGUUGUGACUCUGAUCCCCCAGACGGGGGCGCUGUGCUCUGUCAACAGACUGGAGACGACCCAGCCCUGUCAGCUGACACAGGGUGCAGUAAUCCAGCUAGGUAGAGGGACUAUAUUCCGUUUCAACCAUCCUAAAGAAGCUGCACAUCUCAGAGAGCAAUGCAGGAGUGGCCUUCUCUCCAGCCUUUCCUUGACCGACUUCUCCAGGCUUUUCCAUCCUGGCAACAGGAUGGAUGUGUUCGCUGAAGCAGGAGAGAAUGGAGACUCUAGACAACAGAGGAGCUCUGUGCUCUCUCAACUACAGAGCUGUACGGUUAUGACAAAGGCCAUGCCUAUGGAGGCUCCUGUCUCGGUCUCUCGUCAUCCAGCAUGUUAUGCUGUACCUCUUCAGAUUGGAGCCGGAGCCCUUCAGAAUCUUCAGGCCGUCUCCUCUCUGCAGGCUGGGAUAAACGGGUGGAGCUUCGGUGCGGCUGAGGGCCAUGAACGUCCCUGCAGUAGUACUAAUGUAGAGAGCCAGAGGAGGGCCAGGGCCUCCCCAGUCCACCGGACAGGGACUCCUACUCUCACUUCCAGCCCCACUCUCACUCCCACUGCCUUGGAAUGGGACAGCCUGCAGCAGGGAUUGGAAGGAGAGGUGGUGGAAGAGUGGGACUUGUGUCAUCAAUCAGCGUCUGGGGUUGGAGUGUCUGAUAGGUGGCUGGAGGGAGCUCUACCUCUGUGUAGAGCGAGGGAAGAGGGAGGACUCUAUUGGGGUGAGGAGGCCUGGUCUGAACCUGGGGACGAGGAAAGGAACCGGGCCCUCCAGCAGACACCUGUCCUCCUGGUCCAGCAGGCUGAUGUAUGUACCGUUGGGCUGAAGGGGCUACCGGGGCCUGCUAACAAGAGCCCAGGUGUCCUGUCAGGCCUACCUGAUGGCUGCAGGGUCCUGGGAGGGGUCCUGGCAACUGACUGCUGCAGAGGAGACCUGUCCAGUGCCGGAGCCCACUACGGUGGCCCUGCAGGGACCUCAUUAAGCACUGCUGUAUCCUAUCUGCAGAGAGGAGACGGAGGAGGAAUAGAUGGGUGGACGGAGGAACGAACGGACCGUGCCCACCUCCCACAGGCCAGCAGCAGCUCAACAUACACACAGACCUCUCCCUCUCGGUUUGACACACACACACCCUCUGUGUCUCAGCUCGACAAUCACAGCCAGGCAACACACACUGCCUCUCUGUCUCAGAUUGACACACACAAUUGCAGCCAGGCAACACACACUGCCACUCGGCAGGACAGACACAGACGCAGCCAGGCGGUACGCGGCCUACCACUAGAGGCUUUGGAGGGCCAGUUCAGUCGUGUCAUGAUGGAUCGAUCCAGGAUGACGGUGGAGGGCCACAGGGAGAAUGACAAGGAGGGGGAUGCUGGGGCUAGGAGGGAAGAGGUGGAGCAGAGCUUCAGGCUGGGCACUCCGGUUAGCAGGGUGUUUAGGGAGGAGGAGGAGCGGAAGGAGGAGAACCAGUUCUCUGUCUCUGGACUAAGUGCUCUGGUUAGAAGGGUAUGCCAGAUCUCUGGGAUUGGUGAGGAGCAGGAGCUAGACUCUCUGGGGGAAGAGGUCUCUGGGAUGGGUUCUCUGGUCAGCAGGGGGCUCUCCUGGAUGUUUCCGGACACAGGCCGUCUCCUUCGCAGCUCCACCCCCAGGAUCCUGCAGCAGGUCUGGGAAGGUACAGGAGUUCUGCAGCCCGCAGCUGGGGGAGAGGCUGGGAGUCUGCAGCCUGGAGCUGGGGGAGGAGCCAGCUCCAACUGGUCCAGUCAGGUUGUGAGGGAAAGUCAGGUGCUGUCGGUGGUCAAAGAUAGCCAGGUCUUCUCAUUGGUCAGAGAGAGUCACAUGUACUCCCUGGUCCGAGACAGUCACGUGUUCUCUAUGGUCAGUGAGCUGCCGUUUGUGCAUCACAUCAGCACAGAGCUAACUCAAGACUUCAGGAUCAUUCACAAUAAGCUCACUCAGGUUCUACAGCCAGUGGAGUCAACUGGACUCCAGCAGAAAGAUAUUGACCUCAACAAAACACCAGAAAUAAAACUGCCCCUAGUCCACAACACUGUCCUCAGCACAGUACCGAGCCUGUGCCCAGCCCACAACACCAUAGAAUUUGCAAAUAAACAGAGCACAGGUAAAGAAGUGGAUUGGAGAACAGAGGACCACAGUCCCAUCAGUGAACUGGCUUGUACAUCGGAGCAGGAGGGCAAAGAGGAAGCUCUAGCUAAGUCGGAGGAACAGAGUCCUGUCAGAGAACUGCAGUGUACAUCAGAGCACCAGGGCAGAGAAAAAUCUCUAGCUAAGUCUGAGGAACAGAGGACCAUCAGAGAAGUGGAGUGGACAUCGGAGCAGGAGGGCAGAGAGGAAGCUCUAGCUAAGUCGGAGGAACGGAGUCCCAUCAGAGAACUAGAGUGUACAUCGGAGCUGGAGGGCAAAGAGGAAGCUCUAGCUAAGUCAGAAGAACCAAGUCCCAUCAGAGAAGUGGAGUGGACAUCGGAGCAGGAGGGCGGAAAGGAAGCUCUAGCUAUGUCGGAGGAAUGGAGCCCCAUCAGAGAAGUGGAGUCAACAUCGGAGCUGGAGGGCAGAGAGGAGGCUCUACCUAAGUCGGAGGAACAGAAUCCUGUCAGAGAACUGGAGUGUACAUCAGAGCACGAGGGUGGAGAUGAAGCUCUAGCUAUGUCAGAGGAAUGGAGCGCCAUCAGGCAAGUGGAGUAUACAUCGGCGCAGGAGGGCAGAGAGGAGGCUCUAGCUAAGUCAGAAGAACCAAGUCCCAUCAAAGAAGUGGAGCGUACUUCAGAGCAUGAGGGCAGAGCUGAAGCUCUACCUAAGUUGGAGGUACAGAGUCCCAUCAGUGAACUAGAGCAUACAUCUGAGCUGGAUGGCAGAGAGGAAGCUCUACCUAAAUUGGAGGAACAGAGCCCCAUCAGAGAAGUGGAGUGUAUAUUGGAGCAGGAGGGCGGAAAGGAAGCUCUAGCUAUGUCGGAGGAAUGGAGCCCCAUCAGAGAAGUGGAGUAUACAUCGGAGCUGGAGGUCAGAGAGGAAGCUCUACCUCAGUCGGAGGAACAGAAUUCCAUCAGAGAACUGGCGUGUACAUCGGAACAGGAGGGCGGAGAGGAAGCUCUAGCUAAGUCAGAGAUACAAAGUCCUGUCAGAGAACUGCAGUGUACAUCAGAGCACAAGGGUGGAGAGGAAGCUCUACCUAAAUUGGAGGAACAGAGCCCCAUCAGAGAAGUGGAGUCUACAUCGGCGCAGGAGGGCAGAGAGGAAGCUCUAGCUAUGUCGGAGGAAUGGAGCCUCAUCAGAGAAGUGGAGUCUACAUCGGCGCAGGAGGGCAGAGAGGAAGCUCUAGCUCAGUCGGAGGAACAGAGUCCUGUAAGAGAACUGGAGUGUGCAUCAGAGCACGAGGGCAAAGAAGAAGCUCAAGCUCUGUCGGAAGAACCACGUCCCAUCAGAGAACUGCAGUGUAUAUCAGAGCACGAGGGUGGAGAGGAAGCUCUAGCUAAGUCAGAAGAACCAAGUCCCAUCAGAGAACUGGAGUAUACUUUGGAGCAGGAGGGUGGAAAGGAAACUCUAGCUAUGUCGGAGGAAUGGAGCCCCAUCAGAAAAGUGGAGUCUACAUCGGAGCACGAGGGCAGAGAGGAAGCUCUAGCUCAGUCGGAGGAACAGAGUCCUAUCAGAGAACUGCAGUGUAUAUCAGAGCACGAGGGUGGAGAUGAAGCUCUAGCUAAGUCAGAAGAACCAAGUCCCAUCAGAGAACUGGCUUGUACAUUGGAGCAAGAGGUCAUAGAGGAAGCUCUAGCUAAGUUGGAGGAACAGAGUCCUGUCAGAGAACUCCAAUGUACGUCAGAGCAUGAGGGCAGAGAGGAAGCUCUAGCUAAGUCUGAGGAACAGAGUCCUGUCAGAGAAGUGGAGUGUUCAUUGGAGCAUGAGGGCAAAGAAGAAGCUCAAGCUCUGUCGGAGGAACAGUGUCCCAUCAGAGAAGUGGAGUGUACAUCCGAGCACGAGGGUGGAGAUGAAGCUAAAGCUAAGUCAGACGAACCAAGUCCCAGCAGAGAACUGCAGUCUACAUCAGAGCAUGAGGGCAGAGAGGAAGCUCUACCUAAGUUGGAGGAACAGAGUCCUGUCAGAGUAUUGGAGUGUUCAUUGGAGCAGGAGGGCAGAGAGGAAGCUCUAGCUAAGUCAGAAGAUUCAAGUUCCACCAGAGGACAGGAGUGUACAUCGGAGCACGAGGGUGGAGAUGAAGCUCUAUCUAAAUCAGAGGAACAGAGUAUAACCAAGAAGGCGCUGUGGCCAUCAAAGGACCAGAUCGAGAUUGUGGAGGACAAACAUUGUGUCACUUUUGGAGCCAAGAGCACCAAGUCACGGCCCCCUCCAGAGCAGCGUAACAACACCAGUUCCACAGGCCCAGAGAAUAUCUUUAUCCCCGGGCAUGGAAAUCAGAGGACUGAUGAUGUUCAGGUGUAUUAUGGGAGCCUGGUGGAGUUCCCAGAGGCUCUGGUUAAACUCCAGUCCCUUCCCGUAUCCACCCUCCUGGGCUGUCUCCAGUCCGUCCUCCCCUCUGUCUUCACCUCACAGAGACUACUGGCUCUCUACUGGCUGGGCGUGGCUAACUGCAGCCAGCCCCACCCACACCUCGCCCUUGUUCUCCUAUUGGAGUCCUGCCUCUACGCCCUGACCUUUGACCCUGACACGACAGAUCAGACAACGCCUCUGACAGUGUUCCACCACCUCCCCCUGCUACAGGUUAAGGAGAUCCUGGUGGGUUUUGGCGGUCAGAGCCUGCGUCUCAAGGCCUCCAGUGAGGAGUGUGUCCUCACCCUCUACACCCACAGCCAGACCCUCACCCAGGCCCUUACCCACACCAUGCUUGGGGUCCUCUGUCCUGGGGACCAGAGACUGUCCCAACACCCCCUCCUGGUAGAGAACCUGAUGGUUCUGUCUCUGGACUGGAAGGCCCAGGCACCUGACCUGCUGCUGAAUGCUGAACUCAGGCUGUCUGGCCAGUUCCACAGGACCCUAGCUGACCUGGUCUACCUCGUCCACGGCAACAUGAACCGAGAGAAGCCUCAUCUGGGAGAGGUUAGGCUGCUGCUUUACACCAGCGUUGGGGUGACAACGACCCCUGACCCCAGACCUGACCCCUGGGCCCAGCUCCUCCUCACAGACACACACCUGGGACUGGUGCAGGAGGAUACAGUGUUCCACCACGUCCCCCUGCUGUCCCGCCAGGCCCAGUUCAAGGGGGUGACCCUCCGUUGCCUCUCCGACGUCCAAUGUGUGAUAGUCCGAGACUGGGUUGGGAGCUCGACCAGUGUGUGUGGAGAUGGAGCCGGGGAUGAAGGUGGAGCAACCAGGCUGGACAUCAUCCUGUCUCAGGACUGGAGGACCAGGAGAGAGAGGCCUAGAGGUCACCCUGAAAGAGGUUCUGUUGCUGAAGCUGAUGGAAGUGCAGUAGGUGGGGUAGCUGGAGCUAGUGUCCUGUCUGCUGCCUCUAAUUCAUGUCCUCUGCAGCAGCAGGCUGAAGUAUGGAAAUUACAUUUCAGCUGCUCCUCCGAGGCCGCCUGUCUGAUUAAUCACUUGUCAAACGUCUGAAUGGUCACUGAUCAAGGACUAGAGGACUGGACAGAACAUAAUGAACUACAGCUUAGACGGGUACCAGUUCUGUCCGGUCCUAACUCUCAUCGAGAGAACGGCAGGGUGUGUGUUUGCUCACUGAGUGGCAGUCAAGGGUCCAAUGUAUCUCAAGCAAACAAUGGAGAAUAUCUCUACCAUUAAACUAUUUAGGGCCAGUUUCCCGAACACAGACUAAGCCUAGUCAAGGACUAAACAGCAGGCUCAAAAGACAAUAUCCUUAUUCCUUAUAGUCCAGGGAACAGGCCCAUAGAGUAUAGUAAUACAUUGAUGUGUUUAAGUUUUGGUGAAUGUUUCCAUGCACAUAGUUCUAGGAAAUUUCUAAAUCAAACGUGCCACUUACUUUCACAUUCAUUUAAAGAGACUCAGGGACAUGACGUGGUAGUGGUCCAUAGUGGGUUAAUUUCCGCAAAAACUAAGAGCAUUGAAGCGUGAGGCUCAACUUCUCCUCUGUCUUUGUAGCUACCAGCGAACACAUGUGCAUGAGCAUAUAUUGUGUGACUGAGAGCGAAGUCCAGAAUCUCGCUCAUCUCAAUAUUUGUGGAGGUUCUUGUGGCCACAUAAUUUCGCAGUCUACCUUUUUAAGUCUUUCUGAACUGCACUAUAUUUAUUUGUUUAUCUUCUGUUCAACGCUGUGUUAGUCUGUUCAUGCUGUUUUUGUUCACACUGUGGAGGGAGGGAACACAGGACACUUGGUUCUACAGAAUGUAAGCUAUUUUAAGGGAAGAUGUGAAGCGCACAAAUAAUUGCAGGGUAAGCUUUUUAAGCAUAUUUGCACAUUUGACCACAAAACAGACCAGUGUUAAAUAUUAAAAUGUUUGUUUUAUGGACAUGUAUAAACAAUGAAUGUAUUUUAUACCAAAGUCAUGCAAUUUAAAUAAAAUAUUCUGAAUAUUUGCCUGUCAUAAUUUGACACUCGUGUGUAAAAAUAAAUGUAUCAAAAUGAUCAUGUUUACAAUGCUGCAGGUGGCAAGGCUUUGUUUUGUUUUUGUUUGUAAACUAAUAAAAGUUAUAAUUUUUU